UAUAAAUACUCCAACUCUCUAAACUGAGCAACUUCCUUUGACCAUUGGUGCUUUUAGUGAAACUGAACCAACUUCACUCUCCGCCUCCGCUAACACUCAGCUUUCUCCUAUCGCCAUGGCUGUCACCUUCUCAGAUCUCCACACCGAAGAGGGGCUCAAAUCCCUCGAUCAAUUUCUCUCCAACAAAACCUACAUUUCCGGAGAUGCAUUGACUAAGGACGACAUUAAGGUGUAUGCUGCCGUGGUUGCGAAGCCCGGGGAUUCUUAUCCUAAUGCUUGCAGGUGGUACGAAAGCGUUUCUUCCCAGCUUGCUUCCAGCUUCCCGGGCCAAGCUGUUGGUGUUAGAGUUGGUGGCGAAGGUGCUCCUGUAGAAGAACCUAAAAAGGAUGCUCCUGUUGAAGAAGAUGAAGAUGACCUUGAUCUCUUUGGUGAUGAGACGGAGGAGGACAAGAAGGCAGCUGAGGAGAGGGAGGCCGCUAAAAAGGCCUCUACUAAGAAGAAAGAGAGUGGAAAAUCUUCUAUUCUGAUGGAUGUGAAGCCUUGGGAUGAUGAGACCGACAUGAAAAAGCUGGAAGAAGCUGUUCGGAGUGUCGAGAUGCCUGGUCUUUUAUGGGGAGCAUCAAAAUUGGUUCCCGUUGGUUAUGGUAUAAAGAAGCUUCAGAUUAUGCUUACAAUUGUCGAUGAUCUUGUAUCUCCUGACAAUAUCAUUGAGGACUAUCUUACUGCCGAACCUGCAAAUGAAUACAUCCAGAGCUGUGAUAUCGUUGCCUUCAACAAAAUUUAAAUACCUUUUGUGUUAGUUAUUUAUGGGGUUCUUUAGUUUUGUCUAUUUUCACAUUUAGGCAUGCAUUUAAAGUGUUUUUCUUUUUUUGGCCUUGUGAUUUUGUAUCGGUACUGUUUAUUGUUUUUUGUUAUGAUAAGAGGGAGGAAAAGUUAAAUCUUUUUA